AUGAUGUCCAGGAGCCAGUCCAGUCUAGGCUUCUUGGAUGCAGGCCAAGACCCCACUGCUACAGGCGGCGCUUCCCCAUCCUUCAAUCAACAACCAUCAUCAGGACCUAUCAACCUAUCGGGUCUGGUGUGCAAUGUGCGUCGAACAACUGGCAAGGAACCUCACCCCCUGGUGGGGGCUACGACAACAAUUUUGGGUGACAAGCUUUACGUCUUCGGAGGCCGGAUCCUCUCACGAAGUCGACCAAAGCUGACAUCGGAUCUAUAUGAAUUGGAUCUAAUCAGGCGGCAUUGGACCAAGAUCGAGGCCACAGGAGAUAUCCCUCCACCUCGUUAUUUCCACAGUGUUUGUGCGCUUGGAGAUAACAAAUUAGUGGCCUAUGGUGGAAUGUCGCCAGCCCCCAGUGCUGCUGCUAAAGAUCCUUCCAACCCUAGCGCAUCUGGCUCAGAGUCCCAGGCGGAAGUUGUUGUCAUGUCGGAUAUUCACAUUUUCGAUGUGUUAUCUCGGACGUGGACUCGGGUUGCAUCGCAUGAAUCCCCGCAAGGACGAUAUGCACAUUGCGCCACAAUACUCCCGUCUAGUGCUACUUUCGCAUCGGCCACUGCACCGCUCUCCGCUAUUCAUAACAAUCCUGAAUCUUCCACGCCUCACCAAGGAAGUAUUGGCGUUGACAUUGAUGGCUUCGGUGGCGCUGAGAUGGUGGUUGUCGGUGGACAGGACAGCUCCAAUCAUUAUAUUGAGCAGAUUAGCGUGUUCAACCUCCGCAGUUUGAAGUGGACCAACACUAGUCCUCUUGGACGCAGCUGCGGUGCAUACCGUAGUGUCGUUGCACCCCUGGUGGGUAUGGACGUCUCUGAGAUUGGAUCUGCGGUUCCUGACCAGGAGAUUCACGAGCCAAUCAAGGAAUCAGAGUCGACGGGAUGUCCAAUGCUGAUCUACUCCAAUUAUAAUUUCCUCGAUGUCAAGCUGGAGUUGCAGGUGCGCCUGCCGGACGGGCGCCUCGUGGAGCGACCGAUGCAGAGUCAAGCAUCCCCACCAGGUCUGCGAUUCCCGAAUGGUGGAAUCAUCAACGGACACUUCGUUGUCAGUGGCACAUAUUUGACUUCUUCAAAGCAGGAAUAUGCUCUGUGGGCGCUUGAUCUGAAAACCUUGACCUGGGGCCGUAUUGACGCUGGUGGAUCUGUAUUUGGCCAAGGCAGUUGGAACCGCGGCAUUCUCUGGCCACGUCGCAGCGCCUUCGUGAUAUUGGGACACCGCAAGCGCAGUCUGGUGGAUGAUUACAACCAUCGACGGAUCAAUUUCUCGCACAUCUGUCUGGUUGAGCUUGAGGCAUUUGGGCUGUAUAAUAAUCCUUCUCGAACUUCAUCAACAUCGGGAUACAAGUCUUACAGCUCACCUUCAGUUCCUGCGUCCCUGCAACAGAAGCUGGCUCAACUGACUACAAGUGGACGGCCCUUAUCUGCUGCUUCUGAUGAGCUAGGAAAACUGGCGCUUUCACUACACGAAAUGGCCGAUAUGGAGUUACAAGCUGUUGGCGGCGAGCGCAUUCCUGUCAACUCGCGUCUCCUUGCUCGACGAUGGGGACCAUAUUUCAUUCAACUCCUGCGUGAGUCGUCUGAAGGAGGAAUCGCAGACGGCGGAACUCUUCGCCCUGCCUUUAUUCAUCCGAGUCGAAAUUCCAGCGUCACCAUUACACCAUCCGUUGGCCAUAAUAGCAUGUACUCUAAUGCUACGACCCUGGUUAACCCUUCUGCCCCCUCUAAAGCUCUCCUUGAGAACCUAGAAGCUCCAUCUGCUCAUGGCCUGGCGCCAACCGCUCGACCUCGCAUACUCUACCUACCUCAUACUAUUCUCACCCUUCAGGUUCUUGUUCAAUACCUUUAUACCUCCGCUCUUCCUCCUCCGGGCUCUUCCCUGUGCACACCCCAGAUUCUUUGCUCUCUCCUUCAGCUCGCUCGUCCGUACCAAGUAGAUGGUCUGCUUGAAGCAACUGUGGAGCGACUGCACCAAGUCCUUGAUGGCCGCAACGCUGCCGCUGUCUUCAAUGCAGCAGCCAUGGCGGCAGGAGGUGGUCGAGGUACCGGUUUCACUGGUGGACUUGGCGGCACAUUGGAAGCCCUCAAUGGCUCUCAUGGCAAUGGCUCUAUGCUUGGUGUUUCGGAGGGCGCACCCUCCCAUCACGGCGGUCUGGUGGCUUCUGACUCGUCGGAUACUGAGCAUGGUGCGAUGCCUCCCUCGGCUGCUAGCAGCACAGGCGACCUCACAAGUUACACGCGUGGCAUUCCAUCUCUCCGUAUCGACACCAAUAUUCCUCAGCAACGUGGUCGCCAGCACCGCAGUGCUCAUCGCGAGCGUGAAGACUCUAUCAGCACUGCUAGUACCGCUACAUCCGCCUCUAGUUUCAGUCAAUCAGACUCGGAGUUUAUCAGCGAUACAGAGAGUCGCUCACAAUCACGCGCUCAUCACCGCCGCGACACAGAUAUUGGUCGUCCGAAUCGCGAGAUCUGGACUGGUGAUCUAUCCAGUGUCAUUGGGUUGCAGAAACGGGGAUUGCGCGGCCUAAUGGAGGGUCGUCGUAUGCGUGAACGAAGUGCAAAGCCUCCUAGUGUAAGCAGCGCCUCUACCUCUAUUGCUCAAGCUGGCAUCUCGGGAGAUCAUCAAUUCUCCAUGCAGGGUGUAGCAAGCUAG